AGAUCUUUCUACAAACAUCACUGUGUAUCGUUCAUUGCCAGGUCAACAAUUUGUUCUGCAAAUGGCGCAGUCGUUACGAUUCGGCGACUCGACAGUCCUAUGUCGGUUCACCAGUGCUUGGCGCGUUGAGAUAUACCGGAUUUUCUCGUAUAUUGAUAUGACAAUUCAGAGAUUGCGAAUAUUGUUUGUUUGCAAGUACAACUUCGCGAGGAUUCGAGUCAUUCGAGUGUACUUCGAUUCGUUCUACAAUCAUCUCAUUCGCAAGCUGUCGAAUCGGUCGCUUCUCCUCGACAAACCUUCCAGCAAUCGUGUAUCUGAAUUGCCGCCUGGACAAGUCGGAAUCACGAACGAUCGUGUUGACACGAUUAUUAAGACCAAGUGGACGCGCACAGCCGUGUCGGACACAUUGACGGACAUAUCUAUCGACAUGGUGGAGACAACCGUACCGACACAGGCUGCCGAUGGACAAACGCAAUUUGGUAACGCACGUCAUCUCGACCCGUCCGACAGCAUUUUCGUCUUCAAAAAUACGUUGUCGGAUUACGAGGAGCCGCCGUCCGACGAGGAGGUCGAUCUGAAGCCGUUGCGGGAGGCGACGGUCGCGGUACCAGCGCCGAAGAUCACCGAGAAGCGAAAAGCCGAAGAUGCUGACGCUAGCAAGGAUCUGAAGAAGGCGAAAUUGGAAACGAAAGCGCUGAAAGCGAAGAGGCCGGGAUUCACGGACGAGCGGUACAACGAGACCAGUUAUUACGUGGAGCACGGUCUCCGUAAGGUAUACCCGUAUUACUUCACUUUCACGACAUUCACGAAAGGUCGAUGGGUCGGCGAGAAGAUCCUGGAGGUCUUCGCGAGGGAAUUCCGCGCCCAUCCAGCCGAGGAAUACGAGAGAUGCAUACGCGCCGGCACGCUGACAGUCAACUACCAAAAGGUGGACGUCGAUUACAGAUUACGACACAACGACCUCCUGGCUAACGUCGUUCACAGACACGAGGUGCCUGUCACCUCGGAGCCGAUCACGGUGAUACACAUGGACGAGGACGUCGUCGUGGUCAACAAGCCCGCCUCCAUCCCUGUGCAUCCGUGCGGCCGUUACCGGCACAACACCGUGGUCUUCAUCCUGGCGAAGGAGUACAACUUGAAGAAUCUCAGAACCAUUCACAGGCUGGACCGGCUGACUAGCGGCAUUCUCCUGUUCGGUAGAACGCCGAAGAAGGCGAGGCAAAUGGAGCACCAAAUAAGAAACCGGCAGGUUCAUAAGCAAUAUGUGUGCCGAGUGGAGGGCGAGUUUCCGGAAGAAGAAGUAAUUUGUUCGGAACCGAUCGAGGUAGUCUCCUACAAGAUUGGCGUCUGCAAGGUCUCGGAGAAGGGCAAGGACUGCGUCACGCGCUUUAAGCGUCUUAGUUACAACGGCAAGUCGUCCGUGGUUCUGUGCAAGCCGCAAACCGGCCGCAUGCAUCAGAUUCGCGUCCACUUACAGUAUCUCGGCUAUCCCGUGGUAAACGAUCCGCUUUACAACCACGUGGUGUUCGGUCCGCAUAAGGGUAAGGGCGGCAACAUCGGCAAGACCGACGAGGAGCUCGUCCGUGAUCUUAUCAGUAUUCACAACGCCGAGAAUUGGCUUGGCAUGGACGGCGAUUCCGACAUGAGUCUAUUCAAGCCGAAACUGGAGCUGGAGGAGCGCGUGUUGGGUACAGGCAACGAUAAGGAUAACGGCUCGUCGCCGUCGUCCACUCCGGGUCUGGUCGAGGAGGAAUCCCUUAAAGUCACCGUAGGAACGCAGACGGGCUCGGAACCGCCGGAUUCCACCUUUGCCAACGACAAGGUCACCGUCGAUCCGCACUGCUAUGAAUGCAAAGUCAAGUACAGGGACCCGAAGCCAUCGGAUCUGGUGAUGUAUCUGCACGCGUGGCGUUACUGCGGCCCGGGAUGGGAGUACGAGACGCCGCUGCCCGCGUGGGCGGCGAGUGAUUGGGCCGGUGACGAUCGAUAGUUCGUACGACGAGAUCGAGGAUGAUCGUGUCGUCGAUCACCAUCGUCGUCGUCGAGUCUCGAAUCCCCUUUUGAGAUAUCCUUACCCCGUGCCUUCCAUCCGCCAACGAGCGAUCUUUUGACCAUUGUACACGUACAAAUACACGAAUACAUAAACACUUACGCACACAUACACACACAAAACAUACGCAUACAUGCGAUGAACAAAAGUGCAUACCCCUGUAACUCGGCCGUCAGAUUUCUCGAGGCUGCGAUCCGAGAGAAAUGGGAUUGCUGGAACAAUCUCGUCGCUCGAUUUGCAUUUCUGCGAUUUCUCGCCCUCGAUAUGUAAAUGACAACUUGGCGUGUUAUUGUGACGUAUCUGGGAGAGCGGAAACAAUUUCGAGGUGCCGCCGUUCGCGCGCAGAAAUGUAUGUUCGAUUUUAGUUUGUGCGCGUUCUCAUUUCGUCAUACGUUCUGGCAGAGUCCCCGUCGGGCACGAAAAUCCCACAUGCGAACGAAUCUUAUGCGGGAAACGAUCCGAGACGACGUUAUAAUAUUAUGGCAUUAAUUAUAGCGACAAAAGACAUCGUUGUAUAUCGGCCCUAUUACCCUGAUACUGUCCUGAUUUUGCGAGCCAAAUAAUAAAUCAGAGCAUCAUUAUUGUUAUUUUAAUUCUGUAUCGUGGCGUGUUUCGGAUUUUACAAUCAUAUUUUUCUUGCGUAAACGAACAUGAGACGCGUUAUAUCUACAAAUGCAGCGCAAAGUCACGCCGACCAGCGAAAUGUAAUAAAGCGCAACGAUUGUUCCUAGGAUCGUUUCUCUCUGUAACAGUUUUUGAAGAAGACCUUUGCACGGUCAAUCGAUCAGAUGUUUACAAGUCGCAGGACUUCGUUGUAAUUUACGGAAGUAAGGGCGUUCUAGUAAUCUUUUUUUUUUUAUCAGAGA